AAGCACAGGAUGAAGUUCUUCUACGGAGCUAUGCUGGUGCUGGGCACAGCAAUUAUUGCCCAGGCGGGUGUUGCCCGCUCCAACGAUGAGUCCGACCAGGAGACCGCCCAGCAGACCAAGUACCGCCUGUUCAAGCAGCCAGUGCAGAUCGAGGCACGCAACUUGCAGCAGCUCUUGUCCCUGAAGCAGCCCGCCUGCCCGCCGGCACCACCUGUCACCACCACUAGCUAUGUGCCCACCACCACCAUAGUGAGCUCACCCACUGCACCCACAACAUCGACCGGAACGAGCACAACAAGCACCACACCCACUACUGCUUCCACCUCCCGUCGUUCAUUCAACCAGAACAACCUGGGCGAGGACGACGACGAGGAGUUCGAUCAGGAUGAGGAGGAGGAAAAGUAUCUGAAGGACGAGGAUGACGAGCAGGGGGACGACCAGGAGGAUGACGAUAACGACGUGGACGGCAGCUACCAGCUUGUGGCUCCCAAUGCCUCCUCUUCCUCAUCCUCUGGCUUGCGCCGUCGCGCCAGCAACUCAUACGAAUCGUCCGGCAACAAAAACCUGUCCAACAGCGAACUGAUGCGCGAAAUCGAACUGCGCCGCCAGAAGGAGCUCAACGAGGAGCUGCGCAAGCAGCUGGCCAGCGCCAAACGCCGUGCCACCCAGAACCGCCGUCGUGCCAUUAACAAUCGCCGUCGUGUCCGUCAGCGCCAGCAGCAAAAGCGCCGCCAGCUCUCCCGCCGUAGCCAGCAGAGGCAACGCGCCCAGAACCGCCGCCACCGCAACGCCCGCCGCCGCAUGCGCCUCAACAACCGACUGAGCCGCCUGCGCCAGCGCCGUCGCGCCAACCGCCGCCGCAACUGA